CGAAGUGUUAUCAUACAAACGUGCGUGUCCAGGGAUACAGGCCGACUAUAAUCUCGUCAGCCACUGAAACAGAUGCAUGAACUCCGCGCAGCGCCAACAUGAAGAUCUUCAUCCUGCUCUCUACCAUUCUCCACGUUUGUUUGGCAGUCAAAGACGCCAGUGUGUGUACGCAGCCUACCCAAACAGGACAGUAUCACGCGAAGCCGAAGAUUCCCGAUCAGUUCAAGGUCAAGGUCGAAUGUAACCUACUUGACAAGAAACAAACGACAAUAAUCACGGAAACAUACGACUUUUACAACAACAGAGGAGCCGUGACGCAGUUUGAGGGAGGGAAGAAGUUUCAAGGAUACUUCGACUACCAUUCAAACGAAUAUCUCAACGUUCUCCCUGACACGUCGAAGUGCACCGUCCAAGACUUGGGGGACUCGUCCUCUAAGUUCCUCUUCGGAUAUUCGCCAGGAGUCCCAGGUCAAGGUCAUAUUUUCUCUGCAUCCGGGGCCUUGCACUUCACAUCCAAUGGUUCCAAGGAGGUGUACGUCGGGAAGUCUGUCAUCCGGGGCAUUGCAGUAGACACGUGGUACAGCUGUCAAUACUGGCCGCAAAUGGAUGCAACCAUGAACGUCACGUGGUAUUUUACAGACAAAUCCAACUGGGAGUCAUCUUUGGGAGUGGUGUCAGUUCCGGUAUCUGCUCGCGUCACUGGAAUCGUCUACAGUGGCACCAGCUCCCAUACCUUUGAUCACGAGUACAAUUUCUACGGUUUUGCGAACGGCGCAACCCAAACAGAUUUUGAGAUACCGGACGGCAUCGUGUGCCCCAAACGCAAGAACAUGAAGACGCUGCCCCCUCUGAGCUCUAGUUUCACGCUGAUGGGAGAGAUUGUCAGUCUGGAGGUCACUUACUUGGAGGAGAGGUAUGACGUCAACCAACAGAUUGCGGCCUACAGGUACAAGCCCUCUGCGGAACUCAACACCGACUACGGCUCUAACAGAAUGGUGGAAAUUAAUGAUUUCAACACAGGUGUGGCCUACAUCAUGGAUGAGUUGCUAGGCAACUGUACCGUUACCCAGAUUGACCACGGUAACUUCCUGUACCGACAUGUGACCGGCUCCUCCCGCAAGGUCCGAAUGCUGACCCCCCAGGAGUUCUUCCUGCUAGACAACAUGAUAGACCGCUACACAUACAUCGGGCAGAGAAACAUCCGGGGCUUGAUGUGCGAUACUUGGACGGGAUUUCACGAGUCGGCGGGUUUCGGCGGCAGCGUCGAUGGCAAUAUUACUAUUGAAUGGUACUUCCUUUCUAAAAACUUGACGACGUGGAAUGACGUAGCUGCGGUGUUUCCUGGAGACGGUAUCCCAGUCGCAAUGCAAGCCUGGGCCCCCGACACUAAAGGAAAGAAUGUUCCCAUCUACAACUUCAACGUGUUCGACUUCGACCGAUCUGUGCCCAACGUCCUCACCUACGACAUCAGCCCGUGCUACGUCAGCGACAACAGACGGAUGUUCCACUUCUCCGUUGACGGUCAGUUCGAGCAGUUCAUCUCCGACAACAUGGAACUCUUCAAGUACUCCACCAUGUCAACCAUCGUCAGCAUGUGCGACAUCUCCUCCCUCAGAAUCGCCAACUUGAAGGUUGACCUUGACGAUGAUGUGCACGUAACCUUUGAGAUGUUGGACGUCGCCCCUGUUGUCGGUGACAAUACAAACGUCGUUCCGCAGGUAUCUCUGACUGACGCAGCCAACAUCUUCAUCAACUCUGUGCAAGGGGGUAGUUUUACCAUCGUUUGGAACGACUUUCUCGUCGGCUCAGGGCAGGCUCCAAGCAUCACUGUCAUAUCGAGCAGCCUCACGGAAAUGGACUACGAGAAACACCAGUUCGGGAAACCAGGAAUCAUUGGCUUUGGACCAGGAACGAUGGCCGGCGUCGGGUUUGCCAUGAUCAUUGUCGGAGGCACCAUGGGAGCUGGCACUAGCUUCUUCUGCUAUAAAUAAACAUCAGCCGGAAACAAGUC